CAUGUGCGAGGUGAAAUCCCUACCCGCAUUGGCCCCAUCAUCGCCACCCUCUCCUCCAGACAAACCUGAGCCCUCUUUGACUCCCCAACCUAAAAUCCCACACAGCCUCCCACCAUUUUCCCGUCCCUAAACUAAUUUUCCACUUCCAUUUUCUCGAGAAACAGACAGAAAAAAAAAGAAGAGAUCAAGAGAUCUCAUCUCUUCAUCUCCAACAACAAAGGGGCGGUCUGACAUCAGAACACACUCAGCACAGAAAAAAGGAAAGAGAAUAUCAAACCAUGUGGCGGCGACUGCUCUCUUCAUCUCAGCUCAAGACCCUAACCCUAGCCGCCAACAGCGCCUCGGCACCAUGCCGAUCGGCCACCGGACCUGCCCGCUGUCUCCUCCACAAGCCCCUUCCUCUCCUUCCUUGCUACUUCAGCACCACCUCCGAUGCUGCAAAACCUGGUGUGAAGAAGGUUGAGGAGGUAAUGCCCAUUGCCACUGGCCACGAGCGAGAGGAGCUUGAAGCUGAACUUGAGGGAAGGGAUGUUCUGGAAAUCAACCAUCCUGUUGGUCCUUUUGGCACAAAGGAAGCACCUGCAGUUAUCAAGUCCUAUUACGACAAGAGAAUAGUUGGAUGCCCUGGUGGUGAAGGCGAGGAUGAGCAUGAUGUUGUGUGGUUUUGGCUGACUAAAAACGAGCCGCAUGAAUGUCCAGUCUGCUCACAGUACUUUGUGCUUGAAGUGGUAGGACCUGGUGGAUCUCCAGACCACAGUGAUGACCAUGACCAUCACUGAUUUGCAGCCUGAAACUAUUCCAUGGAAUAAAUUCAGGGGAGGUGGAGAGACAAUAUCCAGUAUACGCUGCGACCUUAACUUUCAAAAUUGGAAGCCUUUUGUUUUUGUUUGGUUGAUUGGCCUUAGUUUCUUUUUCUUUUUUGAUGUUGUUGCUUUUGCAACAUCUGAGAUAGAUUCUCUCUGAUAAUUUAGACACAGGGUGGUACCUUUUGGAACACUAAGGAUCUUGUAAGGAUGUCCUUCUAUGCAUUGCCAAAUAAUGGAUGGGUACUGCCUGUUGAUUCUUUUCCCCCGGGAAUGGUAGAACCAUCUGUGCAUUUUAUUUCAACUUAA